CAGACAUGCCUGGAAGAAACCCUCUUGUUACAGUAGUAGCUGGCCACUGACAGACAGAGACUCCAUCCACACAGACUGAUGCUCAACAAGCCCUGAUACUGGCUUAUUUUGCAGGUUUUUUACUUGCAUCCAAAAAAAAUGAAGGCCUUUAUUUCAACAGUGACAGUGCUGUGGGUGAUGACAAUACCCUGCAUGGAAGCCAUCCACGGAUUGUACAAUUUCGGCCAGCAUGAAUUAUUCUACAAAAAGAACAACUGCAAGGCGAUUCCUGCAAACCUGCUCCUGUGCCACGACAUCGAGUACACAGAGAUGCGUCUUCCUAACCUUCUCGGACACGAAACCAUGAAUGAGGUUCUGCAGCAGGCUUCGUCUUGGAUCCCUCUGGUGCAGAAGCAGUGCCACCCGGACACGAGGAAGUUCCUCUGCUCUCUCUUCGCUCCAGUGUGUCUGGAUGAUCUGGACGAGCCCAUACAGCCGUGCAGGUCUCUGUGCGAGAGCGUGAAGAGCGGCUGCGCUCCAGUGAUGUCUGCUUUCGGCUUCCCAUGGCCAAAGAUGUUGGACUGUGACCUCUUCCCUCUGGACAACGACCUGUGCAUACCACCUGCAGGCGUCGACAACUUUGCACCAGUCACCAAAGAAGUGCCCAGGGUGUGCGAUGCUUGCAAGGAAACAGAUGAAAAUGACAACGAAAUUGUUGACAACCUUUGUAAGAAUGACUUUGCCCUGAAGAUCAAAGUUAAGGAGAUCUCCUACAUCAACGGAGACACCAAGAUCGUGCCGGAGAACAAGAGCAAGACCAUUUACAAGCUGAACGGCGUGACGGAGCGUGACCUGAGGAAGACGGUGCUCUGGCUGAAGGACGGCCUGCAGUGCAUCUGCGAGGAGAUGAACGACAUCCACGCCGCCUACCUGGUCAUGGGCCAGAAGAUGGACGGCCAUCUGGUCAUCACCUCGCUGAAGCGCUGGCAGAAGGGACAGAGAGAGUUUAAGAGGAUUUCCCGCAGUAUCCGCAAGCUGCAGUGCUAGGAAAACUGCAUGUGUCACUGUUGAAGAAAAAGUUUAGUUGAGCUCUUUCCAAUUAUCCUUUUUCCGUUGUCACACAAUUAUGGUUCAUAGAUUCCUCUCUAGAUUCCAGAAACAUGUUUCUUUAGCCUCAGAAAACACAUCAUUGGUGUUUAUUAAAAAUG